ACUCUAAGCACUCUGACCAUACAGCACAAAUAUACUAGAGGCUAGGUUUUACCAGGUUAGCCUGGGACAUGAGUUAUAGAUAUAGACACGCUGGUGGGGUUAACCAGGUUAACUAGGGACAUGAGUUAUAAAUAUAGACACGCUGGUGGGUUAACCAGGUUAACUAGGGACAUGAGUUAUAAAUAUAGACACACUGGUGGGUUAACCAGGUUAACUAGGGACAUGAGUUAUAAAUAUAGACACACUGGUGGGUUAACCAGGUUAACCAGGGACAUGAGUUAUACAUAUAGACACACUGGUGGGUUAACCAGGUUAACUAGGGACAUGAGUUAUAAAUAUAGACACACUGGUGGGUUAACUAGGGACAUGAGUUAUAAAUAUAGACACACUGGUGGGUUAACCAGGUUAACUAGGGACAUGAGUUAUAUAUAUAGACACACUGGUGGGUUAACCAGGUUAACCAGGGACAUGAGUUAUAAAUAUAGACACGCUGGUGGGUUAACCAGGUUAACUAGGGACAUGAGUUAUAAAUAUAGACACGCUGGUGGGUUAACCAGGUUAACUAGGGACAUGAGGUAUAGAUAUAGACAAGCUGGUGGGUUAACCAGGUUAACCAGGGACAUGAGGUAUAGAUAUAGACAAGCUGGUGGGUUAACCAGGGACAUGAGGUAUAGAUAUAGACAAGCUGGUGGGUUAACCAGGUUAACCAGGGACAUGAGGUAUAAAUAUAGUCACACUGGUGGGUUAACCAGGGACAUGAGGUAUAGAUAUAGAUACACUGGUGGGUUAACCAGGUUAACUAGGGACAUGAGUUAUAGAUAUAGACACGCUGGUGGGUUAACCAGGUUAACUAGGGACAUGAGUUAUAGAUAUAGACACGCUGGUGGGUUAACCAGGGACAUGAGGUAUAAAUAUAGACAAGCUGGUGGGUUAACCAGGGAAAUGAGUUAUAAAUAUAGACACACUGGUGGGUUAACCAGGUUAACUAGGGACAUGAGUUAUAAAUAUAGACACGCUGGUGGGUUAACCAGGUUAACUAGGGACAUGAGUUAUAGAUAUAGACACACUGGUGGGUUAACUAGGGACAUGAGGUAUAGAUAUAGACACGCUGGUGGGUUAACCAGGUUAACCAGGGACAUGAGUUAUAGAUAUAGACACGCUGGUGGGUUAACCAGGGACAUGAGUUAUAGAUAUAGACACGCUGGUGGGUUAACCAGGUUAACCAGGGACAUGAGUUAUAGAUAUAGACACGCUGGUGGGUUAACCAGGGACAUGAGUUAUAGAUAUAGACACACUGGUAGGUUAACUAGGGACAUGAGUUAUAGAUAUAGACACACUGGUGGGUUAACCAGGUUAACUACGGACAUGAGUUAUAAAUAUAGACAAGCUGGUGGGUUAACCAGGUUAACCAGGGACAUGAGUUAUAAAUAUAGACACACUGGUGGGUUAACCAGGUUAACCAGGGACAUGAGUUAUAAAUAUAGACAAGCUGGUGGGUUAACCAGGUUAACUAGGGACAUUAAUUAUAAAUAUAGACACGCUGGUGGGUUAACCAGGUUAACCAGGGACAUGAGUUAUAGAUAUAGACACGCUGGUGGGUUAACCAGGUUAACCAGGGACAUGAGUUAUAGAUAUAGACACGCUGGUGGGUUAACCAGGGACAUGAGUAAUAGAUAUAGACACACUGGUGGGUUAACCAGGUUAACCAGGGACAUGAAUUAUAAAUAUAGACACGCUGGUGGGUUAAACAGGUUAACCAGGGACAUGAGUUAUAGAUAUAGACACGCUGGUGGGUUAACCAGGGACAUGAGUAAUAGAUAUAGACACACUGGUGGGUUAACCAGGGACAUGAGUUAUAGAUAUAGACACACUGGUGGGUUAACCAGGGACAUGAGUUAUACAUAUAGACACACUGGUAGGUUAACUAGGGACAUGAGUUAUAGAUAUAGACACACUGGUGGGUUAAUCAGGUUAACCAGGGACAUGAGUUAUAAAUAUAGACACACUGGUGGGUUAACCAGGUUAACCAGGGACAUGAGUUAUAAAUAUAGACAAGCUGGUGGGUUAACCAGGUUAACUAGGGACAUGAGUUAUAGAUAUAGACACGCUGGUGGGUUAACUAGGGACAUGAGGUAUAGAUAUAGACACGCUGGUGGGUUAACCAGGUUAACCAGGGACAUGAGUUAUAGAUAUAGACACGCUGGUGGGUUAACCAGGUUAACCAGGGACAUGAAUUAUAGAUAUAGACACGCUGGUGGGUUAACCAGGUUAACCAGGGACAUGAAUUAUAAAUAUAGACACGCUGGUGGGUUAACCAGGUUAACCAGGGACAUGAGUUAUAGAUAUAGACACGCUGGUGGGUUAACCAGGUUAACCAGGGACAUGAGUUAUAGAUAUAGACACGCUGGUGGGUUAACCAGGGACAUGAGUUAUAGAUAUAGACACACUGGUGGGUUAACCAGGUUAACCAGGGACAUGAGUUAUAGAUAUAGACACACUGGUGGGUUAACCAGGGACAUGAGUUAUACAUAUAGACACACUGGUGGGUUAACUAGGGACAUGAGUUAUAGAUAUAGACACACUGGUGGGUUAACCAGGUUAACUAGGGACAUGAGUUAUAAAUAUAGACAAGCUGGUGGGUUAACCAGGUUAACCAGGGACAUGAGUUAUAGAUAUAGACACGCUGGUGGGUUAACCAGGUUAACCAGGGACAUGAGUUAUAGAUAUAGACACGCUGGUGGGUUAACCAGGUACAUGAGUUAUAGAUAUACAUGUAGACAAGCUCACACACCAGCUGCUCUAAAGGGCCCACUCCUCAUGGGUUCAUAGUUUGACCUUUGACCUUUGUCUCUUCCUCAAUAAGACACAGCAUCCAGGUCCUGGUCUGAACCCAUGGAUACUAGUGGCUGCUGGGUUGGGUCCUGGUCUGAACCCACGGAUACUAGUGGCUGCUGGGUUGGGUCCUGGUCUGAACCCACGGAUACUAGUGGCUGCUGGGUUAGAACUGGCUUGCUACUCCCACAGGAUAUCCUUUAGCUUGAGUUAUACACAAAUCCAGUGCAUUCGGAAAGUAUUCAGACCCCUUGACUUUUUCCACAGUUUGUGACGUUUACAGCCUUAUUCCAAAAUUGAUAAAAAUAGGUUUUUUUCUUCAUC